AAAUUGUAAAAUAAAACAAAAAAAUAGCUGAGGAAAAUAGUAUUCGCCGUGAUUCAGAUACAUAAAUGAGAUAAAAACGAAAACAAAUUCACGGUUAGAAUUUCAACAACAAAAGGCAGAAAAUUAUAAAAGACAAUCAUACAAACAAAUUAUAAUACAGUGAUAAAAAUCUGAGUAAAAAAAAGAAACAAAAUAAAAAAUAAAUAAAAUACUGGAAAAAAUUUUAAUAGCAAAAUGUGAAAUAAAGUGGAAAUUAAUGACAAAAAAGGUCGUUAAAUUUAAGUGAAAAGAAGAAUGUAGACAGAAUUAUAUGUAUAUGGAAAAUGAUCAAUUGAAAAAAUUGCUAAAUUGUUUUAAAAAAUUACCAUAAUUAAGAACAGAAAAAUAAAUAUUGAAAAAUUGUGUAUGAAUAAAAAGUUGAGCACCAAUGUUUAUUUCAUAUUUAACUAUUGAAGAAUUAAGUUGUGUGACAGAAGAGAAAACAAAUAAUAAAUGUCAAACAAUGAUACCUACAACAACAACAACAAAAGAAACAACAGUAGCUGGGGCAAUAACAACAACUGCUGCCCCUGCCAUCUGUACGUCAACAGCGUUAACAACAUCUGCUCCAAAUUUAACCACAAAAUCCGCUACAAAUUCACCGCGUAUUGCCCGCAUUACCAUUAAUAGAUCUACACAAACCAAUUUUCUAUUGACCCACCACCCCAACAGCAACAAUGAUUUCUUUGAAAGUCACAGCAUGACCAGCAAUAGCAGCAGCACCAAUAGCAUUAACAAUAUUGGAGGAGGAGGAGGUGGAACGGGUUCUGCUAAUUGUAAUAAAGCUAACAGCAGUUGUAGCGACAGUACUACCAGCAGUGACAGUCAUGCGGAUAUAAUGUCCUUAGAACAACUUUUACUUGCCGUACAAGAGGAAACCGAUGAUGAGGGUGGUUUAUCCGAUGUCAUACCACUGCCUCCUCUAGCUCAUCAUCAUCAUUAUCAUCGUCAUGCAUGUAAGCACAACAACAACAGUAGCAGUGACUGCGAAGAAUGUCAAAAUUCUUGUUGUUCCUGCUCUGACAACGACGAAACGACACCUGCCUCCUAUAUUAACAAUAACACCAACAGCAACAAUAGCAAUUCAUCUUCAUCGACAAGACGUUUUCGUCGUUCUUUGGUGGGUAUGCAAAGGAAAACGGCAUUCCGUCAAAGGAAAUUAGAUUCAUUGGGUAACUGGCGUCGUCAGCGUCGAACAACUUCUAGUAGUGGUAUAAGAAGACCCAUACGCAUUGUACCCGAUUGGACGGAAAAUGCCAUACAGGGUGAACAUUAUUGGAAACCAUCAUCAGCAUCGGGUGAUUUAUGUUGUCUGAAUGAAGAAUGUAUUAAAAGUGGACAACGCAUGAAGUGCUCCGCAUGCCAAUUAAUUGCGCAUCAAAAUUGCAUUCCAAUGGUCAAUGAAAAGACUCAAUUAGCAUGUAAGCCAACAUAUCGAGAUGUAGGUAUAAGACAAUACAGGGAACAAACUGUUACUCAUCAUCACUGGGUCCAUCGUAAAAUGGAAAAAGGCAAAUGUAAACAAUGUGGAAAGGCUGUGCAAGGAAAGUUAUUUGGUUCCAAAGAAAUUGUUGCAUUGUCAUGUGCCUGGUGUCAUGAGGUGUAUCAUAAUAAGGAAUCGUGCUUUAAUCAAUCAAAAAUUGGUGAAGAAUGUAAAUUGGGUAAUUAUGCACCCAUUAUUGUGCCCCCUUCAUGGAUUGUUAAAUUGCCCAGUAAAGGUAAUUUUAAAUCAUCCAUACGUGUCAAUAAUAAACAAAAUGCUUCGGGUAAAAAAGCCCGAGUGGCUAGUAAAAAGGGCACUAAGAAAGAGGAGCGCAAGGAGCAAAGAGCUUUUAUAGUAAAGCCCAUACCCUCGCCCGAAGUGAUACCGGUCAUUGUUUAUAUUAAUCCGAAAUCUGGUGGCAAUCAAGGUGUUAAGUUGUUGGGAAAGUUUCAACAUCUUUUGAAUCCUAGACAAGUGUUUGAUUUGACACAAGGCGGUCCUAAAAUGGGUUUGGAACUAUUCCGCAAAACACCAAAUUUGAGAAUAUUAGCUUGCGGUGGUGAUGGUACCGUAGGCUGGGUUUUAUCCGUACUAGAUCAAUUAAACCCUCCCAUAACACCCCCUCCAGCUGUGGGUGUGCUGCCCUUAGGUACCGGCAAUGAUUUGGCCAGAGCAUUGGGUUGGGGUGGUGGUUAUACAGAUGAGCCCAUUGGUAAAAUUCUACGUGAAAUUGGCAUGUCUCAAUGUGUUCUUAUGGAUCGGUUUCGUUUAAAAGUACGACUAAAUGAAGAUGUACCCGAUGACAAUGUGGAACGUAGCAAACCUAAUGUACCCUUAAAUGUGAUCAAUAAUUAUUUCUCAUUUGGUGUGGAUGCCCACAUCGCUCUAGAAUUUCAUGAGGCACGUGAAGCCCAUCCAGAACGUUUUAACUCACGUUUGCGUAAUAAAAUGUAUUACGGUCAAAUGGGUGGCAAGGAUUUGAUACUACGACAAUAUCGCAAUCUCUCACAAUGGGUUACACUGGAAUGUGAUGGCACAGAUUAUACGCAAAAACUAAAAGAUGCUGGUUGUCAUGCUGUAUUAUUCUUAAAUAUUCCCAGUUACGGUGGUGGCACUCAUCCUUGGAAUGAUUCAUUUGGUCAAUCGAAACCUAGCAUAGAAGAUGGUCUCAUCGAGGUUGUUGGCCUAACAACCUAUCAAUUGCCCAUGUUGCAAGCUGGUCUCCAUGGUACUUGCAUUUGCCAGUGUCGUACGGCACGUAUAGUCACCACCAAAACGAUACCCAUGCAAGUGGAUGGCGAAGCAUGUCGUGUCAAGCCCUGCAUCAUUGAAUUGGAUUUAUUAAAUAAGGCUGUUAUGCUUGCCAAACGUAAACAGGGUCGUGGAGAUGUUCAAGUCAAUCCUUUGGAAAGAUUACAAUUGGUCAUAUUGCGUGUAACAAUGGAUCAAUAUGAACGUCAUCACUACGACAAGCCAAUGCUGCGUAAAUUGGCCAAUAAAUUGGGUAUCGUGGAAAUCGACUCCCAAUGUGAUCUCGAACAAGUGCGCAAUAUGUUAAAUGAAAAAUUCGAACAAUCAAUAUCGUAUCCAAAAGUAUCACAAGAUUGGUGUUUCAUAGAUUCUUGUACUGCUGAGCAUUUCUUCCGCAUCGAUCGUGCCCAAGAACAUCUACACUAUAUUUGUGACAUAGCCGCCGAUGAGUUAUUUAUAUUGGAUCAUGAAGCGGCUACCAUGCCGCAAACACCCGAUCAAGAUCAGGAACGUUCAUUUUCGGCUUACUCACAGCGUCAGGCCCAAGAGCGUCGCAAUAUGGAACAAGGACGUUCGGGUAGUACUGAGGAUAUAAAAAUUGGAAAACCAAUUAAAGUUAUUAAAUUUAAAAGCCGCCAUGAUCGUUUAUUUAGUUUCAAUGAAGAAGUUUUUGGUUAUGGAAUCAGUCCUAUAUUGGAGCAAACUUCCGAUGCCGUAUUAUUAGCUGCACAAAGUGGCGAUUUAAAUAUGUUACGUGCACUACAUGAACUAGGAUACUCAUUACAAACAACCAAUACAAAAGGACAUACUGCUUUACAUUUUGCUUGCAAAUAUAAUAAUAAGGAUAUUGUUAAAUAUAUACUAUCAUGUGCCUCACGUCGUUUAAUUAAUAUGGCCGACAAGGAGAAGGGUUCUACAGCAUUACAUAUGGCGGCUGAAUUAAAUCGACGUGAUAUUUGUGUAAUGCUUGUAGCAGCUGGAGCCAAUAUAGAGGCUCGUGAUAUGUGUGGCAAUACACCAAUGAUGGUGGCAUUUAAUAAAAAUGCCAAUGAAAUUGCCUCAUAUUUGGAAAGUCAAGAAAGAUUUUUGCACAUGGGUGUGCAAACUAAAUAAAAUUUAUAAUUUAACUUAAAGAAACUCUUUUUUUAAAAUUUUUAUCUUUCAAAAAAAAAAUAAUUGAUCUUUUUUUUAAUAUAUAAAAUAAGUGCUCCCAAAACUCAUAUUUAAGCUUGAAUUAUAAAAUUUAAUAUUAGAAAUAAUAAGGUUUAAAAAAAGGUUUAAUUAAUAUAUAAAAAUUAAGUCUUAUAUUAAUUAUUUUCUUUCCCAAAAUUACUAAAAAAAAACAAAUAUUAAUUAAAACCACUAAAAUACCCUUAAAUUAUAAACUUAAAAACAACUUUUAAGAAACGAUUAUUGUGAUAUAAAAUUAAAAUUGGAAUUCUAAAGGAAUGUAAAUUAUUAAAAAACAAAACUAAAAAAACAAUAAAAUUUAUUUUAUUUAAGUGUAAAUUAACAACAAAAAAAACUAAAUAGAACGCAAACUACUUAUAGUAAUAAUUAUUUAAAACAAUUAAACAUACGGGUAGUAUGAAUUGAUAUUAAAAUUAAUUCAAUAAAACUCAUGCAAAAAAGUGAAAAAAUAAUUUAUCUAACAAAACAAAUUUUAUUGUAAAUAUUUAAUUUAAUUAUGCUAAACAACAACAAAAAAAAGAAAAUCAAUCAAAUAUUUAUUAAUUAACUCAAAAAAAGUCCAUUUUAUUAACAAAUAUAAUAAUUAUUUAAAAUCAAGAUGAAAUUACAAAAAAUUUUACUUUAAAAAGACAACUUCUAAACAAAUUAAAUGAAAAAAUUAAAAAAAAAAAAAAAAAUUAUUUCGAAAAUAUAAUUUAAAAUUUUACAAAUGAUAGUAGAACAUUUUGAAAAAUUUGUCUGCCUUUUGAUAAAGAACCAACCAAAUCAACCCACUUAAAAAGAGAAAUUCAUAAAUUAUAUGAAUAUUCAUAGAUAAAAUGAAUUAUUUUCAUUAAUUCGGUUUUAAUUCUAAACUUCGGUUGAGUUACAUUGAAUGAAUGUAAAGUUUACUUUGAUUUGAUGUAAUGUCGCUUAGUAUUUGAAAUAUAUUAAAGUAUAAAGUAUUCAAUAAUUCUUUAUAUCGAUGUAAAGUUUACCUUGAUUCGUUGUAAUUGUACAUUGACUUUAUGUAGUUGUACAUUCAAUCGUUGUACUUAUGUUCAGUUACAUUGAAUCUAUGUAAAUGUUACUUUGUUUUGAUGUAAUUCUACAUAGAUUCAAUAUAUUUCUGCUUUCAUUGAAAUGUGUUAAAGAAUAAAUACAUAGUACUCUUAUUGAUCUUAUGAAUGUCUAUCAUCAAUCGUUAUACAUUUUGUCUUGAAUGAAUCUAGUCUUCUUAUCGUGAGGCAUUUUUUGUAAAGAAAUUAAAU